GUUUUUCGAGCAAGGGUUUAUCUCUCAGAUCUGGGUUUUGUUAUUCUCGCUUUUUUCUGGUAAUUAAAAUCGAUUUUUGUCUGUUUGAUUUUGCUUCCGACGACAUGUUUUGUGUUGUCUAACUAGAGUUUAUCUAUUUUUUUCAAGAACCGAUGCCUCCGAUUCUUCUUCCUCCCCGGUUGAUUGCGUUUGGUGAAGAACCUCGCGGCGAGAGGGUUAAUGUGUAUCAUAAGAUGAAAACUCUUUGCGGUAUCUUCAACGCCCUCGACGAUGGUGAACGGGAUUACCUUUCUAGACAGUUGGAGGUGGCGAAGCCAAACGAGAUCUGGGUGCUAUUCGCGGGUAUUCCUAUUCGUUUUUCUCUGAGAGAGUUCAAGAUUGUUACCGGUUUACCUUGUGGGAAGUAUCCGAGUUUGAAAAAGAAGAAGAAGAAAGGCAUUGCGGGGAAGACAAUUCCUUUUUACAGUAAGUUGUUUGGGCUUGAAGAAGAUGUAACCGUGGAGAGGGUUAUUACGAUGUUGAAGAAAAGGAUUGUUUCUGAUCCUGAUAUGAGGAUCCGAUGUGCUUGCUUAGCUAUCAUCGAUGGUUUCCUUGUCCCUACCUCUCAUUAUCCUAAGAUUGUUAAAGCUCCCGCUGAAAUGGUUGAGGACGAGGAUGCUUUCCUCGCUUAUCCCUGGGGGCGUCUCUCUUUCGAGAUGAUGAUGAAGUCGAUAAAAGAGAGGGAAAUUGAACAAUUAGCAAUUACUUGUUUCAGCGUUCAGGGGUUGCUAUACGCUCUGCAAUCGGUUGUCUUACAGGCAGCUCCAUCUAUUCAAGAACGUCCUGUAAUUGAAGAGACCAUUGAUUCUGAACCUGAAGGCGACGAAGUCUAUAUUGAAGAGGCCCCUCGAGAGUCUGUCCCUUUCAAGCUAGGGAAUGCUAAAGAGUUGGAUAAGAAAUGCUCGAUUCUUGUUGAUACCAUUAUUUGUCCUGAUUUGGUGUUGGAUCCGGAGGAAGAUUUGUCUUGGUCUGAUGAUGAAGAAGAUGAGAAGGUUGAUAAUAUUCUAAUGUUUGUUGAAGAAGGUCUAAUUUUCAAGAAUGACAUGUUUGAUGGUGGAUGUAUCCCAUCCCAGAUGCAAUUGCCUUCCAAAAAACAAAAGCGUGGUGGUAAAUUGAAUGGUAGUCGUACCAGGAUAGCUCCCAAACUAUCUAAGAACGGUGGGGUUAGGGGUAAACAUCAGAGACCCAUCCCUGAGGAAGGCGGGAGUCCAGGGGUUGUUUCUUUGGAAUCUAUUUCUCGCUUAUUGGACUCCAAACUUGAUGCUCAGGGGAAAAAAAUCAUCGCCGCUGAGACUGAUUGGUUCACAAAAAACACUGUUAUUGAAGGCGAAACCUCGAAAGAGCCUGUCAGUGGUUCUAGUCAUCGUAAGAAGCCCGCCAACAAUGGUGACGAUGGUGUUUCAAAUUCGGAUGAUCUGGAUUCCAACGGUGGUAGUGAUGAUUUUGGUUUUGAUUCUCUCCGCCCCUCCUGUGCCAAUGCUCGGUCUCAUAACCGCGAAAGAACUUCUAAUGUCGAGGCCAGUGUGGAUGAAAUUUUAUCUUUCUACUCUGGGAAGGUGUCAACUGGUGUUGGUUGCAAGGAAGCGGUGCGGGUGAACGUUGUUCCAAUGGAUGAAGACAUUUCCACUGCAGGCGAUGUUGUCCAUAAUUCCCAGGGCGUUAACAAUGUUACAGCUGAAGUAAUCUCACCCCCAAAAUCUGUUGCUGAAGAUAACUCCGAGCAUCAAAACAAUGUCCCAAUGGAUGAAGAUCCUUCCUCUCAAGCCGGCCUGAUCGCUGAUCCGCAGGGCGCUAACAAUGUGUCAUUUGUUGUUGACACCUCUCCCCAAGUUGGUAAAGAUGAUUCUGAGGGCGCUACCAUCGCAGGCGGUGUUGAACCCCCUCUUCAAGUUGGUGGUGAAGAUAAUUCAGAGGGACAGGUUCAAUACUCUCAGCCGACAGGUGGUGUUGUGGCCCCCCUGCCAAAUGCUGUAGAGGAAAGCCAGGGUGUUGCUUCGUCGGAUGAUGGUACUGAUGGCGAGGAGACGUCUGGGGAGAUUCCGGAUAUCUCGUCUCGACCUCAAGUUGUGUGUGGGCUUGUUGUUGAUGGGAAGAUUAGUGGUGUACCUCUCGGCUGCUCUGCUUCUGAUGGUGGUUUUGUGGGUGAUGGAAAGGCGGUUGAUAUCCCUGAGGGUGUUUCUAUGGAUAUGACAGGAAAUAAAGAUCUGGACUCUGACUGUACUGCGGACUCUUCCGGCGAGGGCGAUGAACCAAUUAAGGAGUCAUCUAAGCAUGCUGUUGGCAGGGGUGCCUCUUCUGUUGUUUCAUCACCACGCCAGGUUGAUUCAGAUGAGGAUUUCACCACUUCCCCCCCUGCCAAAGUAGCGAAGGCUCCCCUACUGGAUGAUGGUAAUGCAAAUAAUGUGGAUGGAAUGCUUGGUAGAAGAAGUAAAAGGCUCCGUACCCUUUCUAGCAAGCUUGAUGGUCGAUUCCAGUAUGAUAAGAAAACCAAGUUGUUAGUUGGUCAUCCAUCUCCUGUUGUCAAUCAAGCCAACUUAUGCGUUGACCUUGAGGAACGCUUCCAAAAUUCAUUGAAGAAACUCAAGGCGAUAAGUUCUAUUAGUUUUUGUGGUGGUGUCGCUCUCUCUAAUAAAGAUAUUUUGGAUUUAAUUGACCGGAAGAAACAUCUUUCAAAUAAGGUUAUGGAUGCUCUCCUAAAGUUUAGUCGUCAUUUGUUGAGGACUGAUGAUGCUGAUGGUGAGAAACUUCGUGUUGAAGUCCUUGAUACAAAGUUUGUUUCACUAUUCUGCCGUCAAUUCCCUAAGUUUUCCCGAUGCCCCUCCAAAACGGACUUCCAAUUCUCAGCGCCUCUAAUUGAUCUCCUUUCUGGCGUUGGGGAAUCUGACCGUGUCCAGUUAUUCACAGAGGCUGAUUUCAUGUACCUGCCUUUUAACUUUGACAAAAAGCAUUGGGUAGCUUUAGCUGUUGAUCUUAACUGCCGGAAGAUCAUUGUCUUGGAUUCGAAUAUUCAACGCCGCAGAGAUUCUGCUAUUCAGGAUGAGCUUAUGCCUCUCGUAGUAAUGCUGCCAUACCUUUUCAAACAGGCUGCUUUCAAUCCUCUUAUGAGUAACUGUCUGCUGAAUCCAUUUUCUGUAGAGCGCCCUCUUGUCAUUCCCCAGGUUGUUUCACCCCUUGAUUCCGGCAUCUUCUCUAUAUUCCUGAUCCAUACUCAUGCUACCGGGGGUGUAACUGAAUGUGUGGAUUUCGAGGUUGGUGGCCUUCAAAGUGAAGUGAAAAAGUUAGUCUCCGCUUUAAUUCUUGCUGGCGGAGUGAGCAAUAGUCUUUCUGUCGGAGGAAGUGGAAUCCCAAAACAAUGUAGCUGUGAUAAAUUCGCUGUGAUUAAGACUUCAAACACAGUGAAAAAUCCUGGAAGACUCUUUUAUUGUUGUCCUAACGGAUCGGAAGAGAAUAAGAAUCAUUUGUUUAAGUGGACCGACAUAUCCAUGGUUGAAGAGAUGGAAGAGGUUGAAAGUAUGGUUGAGAAGAUAGAAGGAGAUGUGGGAAACUUAGCAAAAGCAUUACAUGAUCUUGCAUCUAUCAAAGAAAGCGCAGAAAGGUGUGAGAAAGAGAUUGUGUAUCUUAAAGGUGUUGUCAGUUUGUGUGAGAAAGAGAUCCAAGAGCUACGGAGCUUCAAAAAUAUGAUUGUGUGUGGUGGUUUGGUCAUGGCUGGUGUCUACUAUUUCUUCUUUGCAUAACAGUUCUAUUCCUGUAGUUUGUGUAAUUUUGUAUUGUUGUUUAUGAGAUUGUCUUGUAUUGGUUUAUGAGAAGUAUGUACUGGGAAUUAGAUGGUUUGUAACAGAUAACAGUUUAUCGCGAUACUGUUGUUAUCUGAUCAUGUUAUUAGUUUUGACUCUUUUGCAAAAACACAGAGGGAAUAUAGGUUGUAAUUGAGU